AUGUUCUUGAGAACCAUGCGUGCCCCAAUUGAGACUGACCUAGGGAGCGGGGUCCCUGAAACUGUAAUGAUGGUUUUCCUGUUGAGAAAUAUUUUUACAUGCUGCACUCACAUUUGUGGUCAGAACCCAGUAUUAAUCCAUUUGCCAUGAUUGGCAAUUAUCAUGAUUGGCAAUUACCACGAUUGGCAAUUACCACGAUUGGCAAUUAUCAUGAUUAGCAAUUAUCUAAUUGCACAAAACUAUGUUUAAUAGAGCCACUUAGUUGCCAUGGCUAAUCCACGUGCUUAAUACAAAAGAAAGUGGGUAGCUGCUGUACGAGCCUUAAGAAAUGCUGACAAUGAUGAGCUUUCUGAUAACAGUUCUACUGAAUUAAGUGAUACUGAUCAGCAACAACCCGACAUUCGAACUUUAAACCAUGAUGCACCAUUACCACGAACUGAGAUAGUGGUUCCAAUAGAUCAUGCAGUUUUGCACGAAGAACAUCAUGAGGAACAACAUGAGCAACAUGUUAAUCUAAAUUAUGCUAAUGAUAGUAGUGACCAAGAAAUGGGUAGAAUAGGCUUGAACUUGAGUUAUCCAUCAUAUAGCGAGGUGGAAGUUGGAGAUGAUGAUGCUCUUGGUGAUGAUUUGGCAAAAUGGGCCAAUGACUUCCAAGUAAAACAGAAUGCAACAGAUAGCCUACUUAAAAUCUUAAAAGAUUCUGGUUACCCCAAUCUACCUUCUUCGGCACACACUUUGUUAAACACCACUAGAAAUGUUCCUCUUCAGAAUAAGUCUGGGAUGCAAUAUAUUUAUUUUCCUUUUGCUAGAGAGCUUGUGAAAAAUUUAAAUAGAUAUCCAAGUGUUAUAACAGAUGCUAUAGACACCCUUGAAUUAUCAUUUAAUAUUGAUGGGCUUCCAUUAUUUAAAAGUUCUCAAAAGUCAUUGUGGCCUGUUUUGUGUGGUUUGGCUAAUGUGAAGCCUGCAACUGUUUUUCCUGUUGUAUUGACAUAUGGUAAAUCUAAACCUGAUGAUUUGACCUUUUUGGAAGAUAUGAUCAGGGAUUUAGAAUAUGUUUUGCAACACGGGCUCCAGUUUGGUGGUAGAACACUUUCUGUGACCUUGCGUUGUAUUGUUUGUGAUGCUCCUGCACAAGCUUUGGUAAAGGGAACCAAAUUAUAUUCUGGAUAUUUUGGUUGUGACAAAUGUUGUCAGCGUGGCAAGUGGAUUGGUAGAAUUACAUAUCCAGAGAUUCUAGGUAUUGUGCUUCAUACAGAUCUUUCGUUUAGAGAUCAAUCAAAUGAGGAGCACCAUAAGUAUCGCAGUCCAUUUUGUGACUUAAGUAUAGACAUGGUAAAAGAUUCCCAAUAG